AUGAAAACUGUUAGUCCAAAGCGAGUAUUUAGCAGUAUUUUGAGCCAAGUUAGAAGCAAACGCGAUGACAAAGAUAAGGCUUUGUUCAUGGAAAUGAGGCUAUACCGGCGUCCUACAGGAAUGACAGACGCGUUGGCAAAGAUGUUAGAAGGGGUUAUAAAGAAAAUUUGGACAAGUACACCUAAUCAACCGCGUAAACAUGUGCUCUCAUAUAAUGAAAUGUGGGAAUUAUGUCUACGAACGCGAGAAUUACUACUUAUUGAACCAUGUUUCAUAAAGGUAGAUCCGCCUGUUGUCUUAGUCGGCGAUGUCCAUGGACAACUUUAUGACAUGCUGGAAAUGAUUAGCUUUAUAGGACACCCUCCGUCAAAACGAAUGCUUUUCCUUGGUGACUACGUUGACAGAGGUGACUACGGUCUGGAGACGAUUACACUACUGCUUGCCUUAAAGCUGAGAUUUCCUGACGAAAUCUACUUACUUCGUGGAAACCAUGAGACCAGAUGCGUAAAUCGACAGUAUGGAUUCUUUGACGAAUGUAAAAGAAAGUUUCCAAGAAAAGGAACGCAGUUGUGGACAGCCUUUCAACAUGUUUUCAACUGCUUACCAGUAGCUGCUCUCGUUGGAUCACGAAUAUUUUGCGCUCAUGGUGGCAUAUCUGAGGAUUUGCUGUCAUUUAAACAGUUUGAAAGAAUUUUUCGUCCUACGGAUAUCUGCGACAUCGGUUUACUAUGUGAUCUAUUAUGGUCAGAUCCUUCAAAUACAAGCAAAUUGUAUGAACCUAGCCCACGAGGUGUUUCCUCUGUAUUCGGAAAAGCGGCAGUUGACAACUUUUGCAACACGAUGGACGUCGAUCUAAUUUGUAGAGCGCAUCAGUGCGUGGUGGAUGGCUAUGAAUUUUUCGCUGAUCGCAAGUGCCUAACAAUCUUCUCGGCUCCGUGUUACUGUGGCGAACUUGAUAACCAGGCUGCAGUUCUCCAAGUUGGCAGAAAUUUGGACUGUCGUGUUCUUACUUUCAAAAGAACGGUUAAGCCCAGCCAGACCCCUCGAGGGGUUUCACAUGAAGAACUUAAUGCAGUUCCGAAGCAAACACCUCCUGUAUCUGCAUCAUCAGAAGAAUCAAAAAAGAAAGCGCAGUCGAUCCCCACACCAGCUCCAAUCGAAGGUAGCACGGAAACCUGCCUAUCAUCCUCUAUGAAAAACAAAAAGCAGAGUGCAACUUAA